CGGCAGAGCAGAGCCGCGGAGGACCAAAUUAACACGGCAGUAUGGCUAGCAACGCGUGGAGGUCAAUGGUAAGAAAAUGCCGUUUGUCAGCGUCAAAAUAAUUAAAUGUAACUUGGCAUGUAUUGGAUUUAUGUGUGUGUAAUGUAAGCUCAUGUGCUUGAAUGACUUUGUUGGUUGUUAUUAGGUUAUUUCCAUGGAUUUUCUGUGAGGCCUUUUACUGUGCGUGUGUCCUUGUCUUGCUACUACUGUGGCGAGCUAUGCUAUGUUUAUCUGCCUAAUGCUUGACAAUUGACAUUUCGUGUUUGUCAAUAUGUUUCCGAUUCAAUCUCACUAGACUAGAGAUACAGUUUGUGGAUGUUGUUGUGAUACAUUGUAUCUGCGCGGUAGUCAUUUUGCAGCAAUAACCUUUCGCUCAUCUCCCUGCUUCAGCUCUCUCACGUCGUGGGGGCAGCAAAGAGGCCGACGGUAUGUUCAAGAUCUGUUUUCAGCAGGGGGGUAAGUCAAGGACUGAGAACUAGACUACAAGUCUACACCUGUCUUUUUAUACAAGUUCUCCCUCGUUGCCAAAAAUGCUGAAAUUACGUAAUUCAUGAUCCAGUGUUUAGUGUGUUAUGGAUUACCUUUCCAACCAUGGCCUAAGGUCAGUCCUAAUAUGUAAUCCCUUUAAAACAGAUUUUAAAAGGGGUUUGUUUUCUCUUUACAGCUGCAAACUGUUACAUUAAUUCCUGGGGAUGGAAUCGGUCCAGAAAUAUCUGUGGCUGUCAUGAAGAUUUUCGAGUCUGCUAAGGUAAGCUGGAAAAGCUGUCAAACUCUCUCUCACACACAGCAAAUUGUAGGGUUAACAGCAGAACAUGAUGCCAUUUGCAUGGAAAGUUUUACAGAACAUUUAACUGGAUUCCUUUCUGUACCGUUCUAAGUCCUCUCUUUACCACCCGUUAGGUUCCAAUCCAGUGGGAGGAGAGGAAUGUGACGGCUAUCCAGGGCCCAGGUGGUAGAUGGAUGAUCCCUCCAGACUGUAAGGAGUCUAUGGACAGGACCCUGAUCGGGUUAAAAGGUAGGUAGCAGCCACAGAGAUCCUAUGGAAUUCUAUGGUAGCAGGGACCUGCAUGCUCAUGAUGUACAUAAUGUACUGAAGUCGGCUGAAAAAGAAGACCCUCCUGCAGGCGGCAUCAAAGGGGAUGGAGUUGAGUUCAUAUGGGAUGGAGUUGAGUUCAUAUGGGGAUGGAGUUGAGUUCAUAUGGGGAUGGAGUUGAGUUCAUAGGGGAUGGAGUUGAGUUCAUAUGGGGAUGGAGUUGAGUUCACAGGGGAUGGAGUUGAGUUCACAGGGGAUGGAGUUGAGUUCAUAGGGGAUGGAGUUGAGUUCAUAGGGGAUAGUAUGUAGGGUUCACAGGGGAUAGUAUGUUGGGUUCAAAUCAAGUCCUCUGUAGCUCAACUGGUAGAGCACGGCGCUUGUAACGCCAAGGUAGUGGGUUCGAUCCCCGGGACCACCCAUACACAAAAAAUGUAUGCACGCAUGACUGUAAGUCGCUUUGGAUAAAAGCGUCUGCUAAAUGGCAUAUUGUUAUUAUUAUUAUUAUUAUUGGUCACAUAUAUAGCAGAUGUUAUUGCGGGUGUAGCGAAAUGCUUGUGCUCCUAGUUCCAACAGUGCAGUAGUAUCUAACAAUUCACAAUAAUACACACAAUUCUAAAAGUAAAAGAAUGGAAUUAAGAAAUAUACAUAUUAGGACGAGCAAUGUCGGAGUGGCAUUGACUAAAAUACAGUAGAAUAGAGUAUAUACAUGAGACGAGUAAAGCAGUAUUCAGUAGAUGCAAACAGAACAUGUUUGAAAAAGUUUUGCAACUGAAAAUUGGAAACAAGUAUUUUAUUUGAAGUACAGGUAGUCCCUCCCUGUUUCGGUCUGUUUACUUCUGUUUGGUUCCUAAUGAACAGUAACCUGUUGUUUUAAAGGCCCAGUGCAGUCAAAAAAUUGAUUUUCCUGUGUUUUUAAAAAAUAUAUAUUUCCACACUGAGGUUGGAAUAUUACUAUGAUGUUUUGAACAUGAGGAAAAUGCCCAUUUUAGUGUAAGAGCUGUAUUAAAAGACCGCCAGAAAUGUCCGCCUCUUGUGGUGGGAUGGAGUUUAGCCCGGUGACCACCUGAAAACAAUCACACUAAGGUACUCCGUUGUUAGCCAGAAAUGAUUUGAUGUUGAGAUAAAAACGUCUGCGUUGGACUUUUAACCUCCGCCCUCCUCUGUGUGUGUAGGCCCCCUGAAGACGCCCAUCGCAGCCGGCCACCCCUCCAUGAACCUGCUACUCAGGAAGACCUUUGACCUGUAUGCCAAUGUGCGUCCCUGCGUGUCCAUCGAGGGCUACAAGACCCCCUACACCGACGUCGACCUGGUCACCAUCAGGGAGAACACUGAGGGAGAGUACAGCGGCAUCGAGCACAUAGUAAGUAGCUAUGGUAACAGGGUCACGUUCAGUAGGAGGGAUAUGGAAGAGAAUGUUUUGAGUGAAACCGAUUUUUCAAAUGUGUGGAUUUCAAAGUGAAUGUGUCAAUCUGUAAAAUGGCUGCAGCUAACAGUGAGGGGGGGAAACUACAGAGGGAAAGAACACGUAGCGGUAGCUACCUCGUAUGUUAAAAUGGCUGCAGCUAACACUGACUACAGAGGGAUAGAACACGUAGCGGUAGCUACCUCGUAUGUUAAAAUGCCUGCAGCUAACACUGACUACAGAGUGAUAGAACACGUAGCGGUAGCUACCUCGUAUGUUAAAAUGCCUGCAGCUAACACUGACUACAGAGGGAUAGAACACGUAGCGGUAGCUACCUCGUAUGUUAAAAUGCCUGCAGCUAACACUGACUACAGAGUGAUAGAACACGUAGCGGUAGCUACCUCGUAUGUUAAAAUGCCUGCAGCUAACACUGACUACAGAGGGAAAGAACACGUAGCGGUAGCUACCUCGUAUGUUAAAAUGGCUGCAGCUAACACUGACUACAGAGUGAUAGAACAUGUAGCGGUAGCUACCUCGUAUGUUAAAAUGGCUGCAGCUAACACUGACUACAGAGUGAUAGAACACGUAGCGGUAGCUACCUCGUAUGUUAAAAUGGCUGCAGCUAACACUGACUACAGAGUGAUAGAACACGUAGCGGUAGCUACCUCGUAUGUUAAAAUGGCUGCAGCUAACACUGACUACAGAGUGAUAGAACACGUAGCGGUAGCUACCUCGUAUGUUAAAAUGGCUGCAGCUAACACUGACUACAGGGGGAUAGAACACGUAGCGGUAGCUACCUCGUAUGUUAAAAUGGCUGCAGCUAACACUGACUACAGAGGGAUAGAACACGUAGCGGUAGCUACUUCGUAUGUUAAAAUGGCUGCAGCUAACACUGACUACAGAGUGAUAGAACACGUAGCGGUAGCUACUUCGUAUGUUAAAAUGGCUGCAGCUAACACUGACUACAGAGGGAAAGAACACGUAGCGGUAGCUACCUCGUAUGUUAAAAUGGCUGCAGCUAACACUGACUACAGAGUGAUAGAACACGUAGCGGUAGCUACCUCGUAUGUUAAAAUGGCUGCAGCUAACACUGACUACAGAGUGAUAGAACACGUAGCGGUAGCUACCUCGUAUGUUAAAAUGGCUGCAGCUAACACUGACUACAGGGGGAUAGAACACGUAGCGGUAGCUACCUCGUAUGUUAAAAUGGCUGCAGCUAACACUGACUACAGAGGGAUAGAACACGUAGCGGUAGCUACCUCGUAUGUUAAAAUGGCUGCAGCUAACACUGACUACAGAGUGAUAGAACACGUAGCGGUAGCUACCUCAUAUGUUAAAAUGGCUGCAGCUAACACUGACUACAGAGUGAUAGAACACGUAGCGGUAGCUACCUCGUAUGUUAAAAUGGCUGCAGCUAACACUGACUACAGAGUGAUAGAACAUGUAGCGGUAGCUACCUCGUAUGUUAAAAUGGCUGCAGCUAACACUGACUACAGAGUGAUAGAACAUGUAGCGGUAGCUACCUCGUAUGUUAAAAUGGCUGCAGCUAACACUGACUACAGAGGGAUAGAACACGUAGCGGUAGCUACCUCGUAUGUUAAAAUGGCUGCAGCUAACACUGACUACAGAGGGAUAGAACACGUAGCGGUAGCUACCUCGUAUGUUAAAAUGGCUGCAGCUAACACAGACUACAGAGUGAUAGAACACGUAGCGGUAGCUACCUCGUAUGUUAAAAUGCCUGCAGCUAACACUGACUACAGAGUGAUAGAACACGUAGCGGUAGCUACCUCGUAUGUUAAAAUGGCUGCAGCUAACACUGACUACAGAGUGAUAGAACAUGUAGCGGUAGCUACCUCGUAUGUUAAAAUGGCUGCAGCUAACACUGACUACAGAGGGAUAGAACACGUAGCGGUAGCUACCUCGUAUGUUAAAAUGGCUGCAGCUAACACAGACUACAGAGUGAUAGAACACGUAGCGGUAGCUACCUCGUAUGUUAAAAUGGCUGCAGCUAACACUGACUACAGAGGGAUAGAACACGUAGCGGUAGCUACCUCGUAUGUUAAAAUGGCUGCAGCUAACACUGACUACAGAGUGAUAGAACACGUAGCGGUAGCUACCUCGUCUGUUAAAAUGCCUGCAGCUAACACUGACUACAGAGUGAUAGAUAGAACACGUAGCGGUAGCUACCUCGUAUGUUAAAAUGGCUGCAGCUAACACUGACUACAGAGGGAUAAAACAUGUAGUACGUAGCAGUAGCUACUUCGUAUGUUUGCUGGAACGUUUGUUCAGGAGAAUAAUUAAUUGGCUGAUCCCUCCUACUGACCAGAGGGGUAAUAUACUACAAAGCAGGAUCAAUGAGUUAGCCAGCUAACUUUGAUAAACAACCAGAAAUAACUAUGGAUUUCUUUUGGGUUAAUUAAGAAAGCUAAACUUAGAAAGGUUGUUUUUGUUUGUUGAGUCAGAAUAUCUAGUCAGCUAGCUAACUCCUUGAUCCUGCUUCGUAGUAUUCCUCUGGAUGGAAUAUUCUUACAGCAAUACCAUGCAGGGAUGUGUUCAUUAGGUAUGAAAUGGUAGAGAAUGUUUUGAAAUGGAGGUGAAACAAAAGAGGUCCUACCUGAACAUGUCCAAGAAGAAUGUUCAGGUUAUUAUUAUUAUUAUUAUUAACGGCUACGUUGUGCCCUGCUGAACAUGACCCAGUAUUUCAACACUCGAGUGGGUCCUUAUUAGGGCAUCUGGUGUAGAUUCCAGAGCAAAUGUCAGCACUAGAAAUGGUUGCGAAUGGUUUGACUGAAUGUCACGUUAACUGUGAUGUGACUACUCUGGUCAGUCGUUUUUUCAGCUCUUUUAUAUGCAGCUGUUUAAGGCUUAGAGCUGAGCCGUCCGUAUUUUCAGUGUGGUGUUGUGUGGAAUGUGUUCUCGGUUAUUGAAACCGUUUUAUCUGGGUUGGACAGGGCACAACACAACACAGGUGAUUUGGUUAUUCUCCAGGUGUUCCUUAGGGAAGCCAGAGGAACAGCAGCUCCACUAACCAGACCACCACCCCAGUUUGGUUAUUCUCCAGGUGUUCCUUAGGGAAGCCAGAGGAACAGCAGCUUCACUAACCAGACCACCACCCCAGUUUGGUUAUUCUCCAGGUGUUCCUUAGGGAAGCCAGAGGAACAGCAGCUCCACUAACCAGACCACCACCCCAGUUUGGUUAUUCUCCAGGUGUUCCUUAGGGAAGCCAGAGGAACAGCAGCUUCACUAACCAGACCACCACCCCAGUUUGGUUAUUCUCCAGGUGUUCCUUAGGGAAGCCAGAGGAACAGCAGCUUCACUAACCAGACCACCACCCCAGUUUGGUUAUUCUCCAGGUGUUCCUUAGGGAAGCCAGAGGAACAGCAGCUUCACUAACCAGACCACCACCCCAGUUUGGUUAUUCUCCAGGUGUUCCUUAGGGAAGCCAGAGGAACAGCAGCUUCACUAACCAGACCACCACCCCAGUUUGGUUAUUCUCCAGGUGUUCCUUAGGGAAGCCAGAGGAACAGCAGCUUCACUAACCAGACCACCACCCCAGUUUGGUUAUUCUCCAGGUGUUCCUUAGGGAAGCCAGAGGAACAGCAGCUUCACUAACCAGACCACCACCCCAGUUUGGUUAUUCUCCAGGUGUUCCUUAGGGAAGCCAGAGGAACAGCAGCUUCACUAACCAGACCACCACCCCAGUUUGGUUAUUCUCCAGGUGUUCCUUAGGGAAGCCAGAGGAACAGCAACUCCACUAACCAGACCACCACCCCAGUUUGGUUAUUCUCCAGGUGUUCCUUAGGGAAGCCAGAGGAACAGCAGCUUCACUAACCAGACCACCACCCCAGUUUGGUUAUUCUCCAGGUGUUCCUUAGGGAAGCCAGAGGAACAGCAGCUUCACUAACCAGACCACCACCCCAGUUUGGUUAUUCUCCAGGUGUUCCUUAGGGAAGCCAGAGGAACAGCAGCUUCACUAACCAGACCACCACCCCAGUUUGGUUAUUCUCCAGGUGUUCCUUAGGGAAGCCAGAGGAACAGCAGCUCCACUAACCAGACCACCACCCCAGUCUCUAACCCUAGUGUGCCCUAAUGUAUGUUCAUCAAAUUCUCUCUCUAAGUUCUCCUUUCUUCACUUCGUUUUUUUUUCUCAACUAAAGGUAUUGUAUGUUAUUCCUACAUAGCUGCUAUCUUAAUUUGAUCGCUCUUGUCGCAGAGAAUUUUAAGCAGGAAAUGCGAACUUGUAGUGUGUUCAAUGUUUUAAAAAGGCUUCUAAAGUUUUAUAAUUUCCACUUUAAAAUGUCAGACUUGAUUUGCCCAAAUGAAAAAAUGUAUCUACCCCUACAAAAAUGUCAAUUUUAAUAAUAAUCGACAUAAUAAUUAACAUUUCCUGUUGCUGCAGGAUUAUUUUCCUGCUGUGCGAAACUGGUCAAAUUAAAGAUGGCACAUCUGUAACUUCUUGAUGACGUCACUUCCUUUACAGUGAAAUCCCAUUGGAUGUAGUCGCCACCACAGGCUGAGAGGACUUUACAUUUCUCCACUGAUGGUUAUGAAUAUCUUUAUAUAAAUCUUCUCUUCCACUUUAAUUUUUCUAGUUAAAUUGUUUUUAAAGUAGCUCCGUUGUCUUUCCCAGUUGUUACUGUCCCUCAGAACAUUUUAUGACCCAUGUAGGUCUUGAGUGACUACAUCACUGAUUCAAAAUAUUUUUUAUUCUGUAUGGUUAAUGAAGUCAUCCAUUGUUUGAUUUAGGCUAAUGUGAUGGUCUCCUCCUCUUGUGUGGUAGAUCGUUGACGGCGUGGUUCAGAGCAUCAAACUCAUCACGGAAGAUGCCAGUCGACGUAUCGCUGAGUAUGCCUUUGAGUAUGCAAGAAAUAACCAAAGAAACAGCGUCACGGCAGUUCACAAAGCCAACAUCAUGUAAGUCUUACAGCUCCAGAAUCAAAUGGGCUGUGGAAUCUUUUUAGAAAUGUUACAUUUUUUUAUCCUUGUGGAUCAUUUCAAAAUGAGAAGCGAUGAUCAGUAAAAAUCUAACUUGUAUGUUUUAUAACAAAUGUUGACUAAAUGUGUGAUCACCAUGGGGUCAAUUACAGUCAAAACAGAAUGAUAAUAUAUAAAAUGAAAAUGUUGUUGGUCACGUACACAUAUUUUAGCAGAUGUUAUCGCAGGUGCAGCGAAAUGCUUACGUUCUUUGCUCCAAAGUGCAGUAAUACCUAGCAAUACAAAACGAUACGCUCAAAUAAAUGUUUUAUUUAAAUAAAUAAAAUAUCAUAAUGAGCAUAUCAAUGGCACCACUAUUCAGGCAUUUGGGCUCCCGAGUGGCGCAGCGGUCUAAGGCACUGCAUCUCAGUGCUUGAGGCGUCACUACAGACCCCCUGGUUCGAUUCCAGGCUGUAUCACAACCGGCCGUGAUUGGGAGUCCCAUAGGGCGGCGCACAAUUGGCCCAGCGUCGUCCGGGUUUGGCCGGUGUAAAGCCGUCAUUGUAAAUAAGAAUUUGUUCUUAACUGACUUGCCUAGUUAAAUAAAGGUUUAAAUAAAUUAAAAUUAAACUAAUGUGCCUCGGGUUUUGAUGUUUUGACUAGGCGUAUGUCGGAUGGGCUGUUCCUGAGGAAAUGCAGAGAGGUGGCUGAGAGCUUCAAGGACAUCAAGUUUACUGAGAUGUACCUGGACACCGUGUGUCUCAACGUGUGUACACUCCUUUACACUAUUCUACUACUUGACGCUGUUUUGAUGCAUGUCACAUUCUCUGUCCUAAAGCCUCAUUUACACCUACCGCUUCAAUCGAAGGUCUGCUCCCGUCUGCGUGUUUUCGCGCACCUCCCUUGAAAGGUGACGUGCGCGGACGCAGAGAUGUGUCCAUGCCGACGGGAGUGGGAAGUUCGAUAUUGCGUCGUUUCGUUUGGCGCAGACCUAGCAGAUGACCCGGAAGCAGUAGAUUGGGGGGGGAAAUUAGGCUGAAUGAGUUUCUCAUGUUGAAGCAGUUGAUGGAAAUGGGGGCUUAAUCAGGUUCUGGUGUUGAAUGUUUCAGAUGGUGCAAGAUCCGACCCAGUUUGACGUGCUGGUGAUGCCCAACCUGUACGGGGACAUUCUCAGGUCACUUUCUAUUGAUUUCAAUGGAUCUAUAUUCAUUAACCGCUAUUAAAAUGCAAUGCGUUUUAAGCUAUUAAUUCAAACAUGAAUAGCUUAGCAGAGUUUGGUCGUAUGGGGCCCAAUACUGGCUUUAUAAUAAUAAUAAUAAUAUGCCAUUUAGCAGACGCUUUUAUCCAAAGCGACUGACUUUAAUAUGUGUUGCGUUAAUGUGACCUAGAUGAUUCUGCUUACUAAAGGCUGUGGCUACUGAUAGUGUUGUGUGUGUGUGUGUCAUGUAUUGCAGUGAUCUUUGUGCUGGACUUAUUGGAGGUCUGGGAGUCACUCCUAGUGGAAACAUUGGCGCCAACGGAGUCGCCAUUUUUGAAUCGGUUUGUCUCCCGCUUUACCUGGCCGUUGUUAUCCGAAAGAUGUUUAGCUACUCUGUCUCAACUGUUUUGAUAGAAUGCAUGGGCUUCUUGUCCUGUGCCAGUGCAAUACCUAAAUAUAUGUUUGGACUUCCCACUCUUCAACAAAACAAUAAUAUAUUUCAAUAAGUCGUCCAUUCUAAUCAAUGUACGGAAGCUGUUCCAGUGUUGGGAGUAGAAGUUUUAAUAUUAUCCCUGUACCCUGAGGGUAUGAAAAAAUGUAUGCACUCACUAACUGUAAGUGGCUCUGGAUAAGAGCGUCUGCUAAAAUGUAAAAAUGUAUCCAGGUCCACGGGACGGCCCCUGAUAUAGCCGGUCUGGACAUGGCCAACCCUACGGCUCUGCUGCUCAGCGCUGUGAUGAUGCUGCGUCACAUGGGAAUGCACGACUACGGCAAGAAGAUCGAGACCGCCUGCUUCGACACCAUCAGAGACAAGCAGGUGGGGUCAUUUUUUUUAUUUUAUUUUUUUACCCCAAUAGUGACUAUUGUGGCUCUUGCGUAUCGGUGCCGGAAUACAUUUUGAAGUGGAGGUGCCCCGGGGAGGAGGAGGAGUAGUUCCUUGUUAUUGGAGGACAGCUCAGAGCGUCUGCUCUCUUCUAUCCGAUGCCUAAGGGGAGGGAGGCGAAUGUUUGGGUAGUUGGUUUACAAUAUGUUGGUUCCCCUGGACACCACACCUCCUUCCGGUGCCCAAUGCUCUUAUGUAUUCUUUCUGUAGAUCUAACAAGAUGACAGUUUUUUUUUUUUUUUGUCAGUUGGUCAUUUGUAUGCAAAAAUCUGCUUUGGCUUUUUUUAAAUGAAUUCAUUUGGCUGUUUCUCUCCUCUCCCAGGUGCUGACGGGGGACCUUGGUGGGAAGUCAAAGUGCUCCGAGUUUACAGAGGAGAUCUGCCGUAGAGUGCGAGACAUGGACUGAAACUACAACUGUUGACUCUGAAGAAGACUUCAUAAGAAUUCAACCACUUCUUUGAACUUUACUCCUAAAGACUCUGGGCGUGUUCCAGGUUGUCAGUACUGCAGUCACGAUGCCACUGCACAUCUUAGAUUACUAUAUCAUAUUUAUGUAGGUUCCUGAGAAGAGACAAUUCUCCAGGUUUUCUAGAAAUAGACAUUCGAUAAUCCGUGCGGUGUGACUGCAAUAAAUCACAACCUGGAACGCACCCUGUAUAUGGAUGGAUAUUCCCUCUUAAGGUGUAUUUACGCACAAUUUUACUCACAUGACAUUACCUAAAUGGAAUGGAAUCAUUUCAUGGGGCAAACUUCCCCAAAGUUAUACUAGCCUCUAUACUGCGGAGCACUCCACCUGUGUUGUCCGGCAGUGGUUCUGAUAGUUGCUAGUUUUUUUUUUUUUUUAAUGGUAAAUGUAAUGCUAACAGCUUAAUUGUACUUUAUUUAUUAUUUCUACCAGUCGGUUUCCUGUGCAUGAAUGGAUUGGAUUGUACCAGUGUCUCAUGUUUAUGCAGCUCUUUUCAGUUCCAUACAUAAAACAUAAGAUUACAUGACUUAAA